UUGGGGGGGUUCAAGAAGAAACGUCCUUUAAGGCUUUCUCUCAUAUGUGUGUCACACCACAACCAUGACAACAUGGAAAAAGUAAAAAAAUAAGGACUAGGCCUAGCUAGUGGGUAGUGCCAGUGGUUGUUUGCGUUCCACGAUUCUUCUCUUUUUCUCAAUUCAAUUCAAAAAGAAACAAACCUGAACUUGUUGAAGAAGGCGAUCGUACAUUCAGACAUUUCAGAAAUAUAAAACGGGACACUCGUCUCAAGCAAACACUAUUUGUUCAGUAUCAAAAUGAGGCUGCAUCGAUUGAUACACUGUAUACUCCUGGGUUUGUCCGUUGGAACAAUCAUACUGCUGUAUAUGUUCUUGACCACUCACCUUGGCAUCACAACAUUUCUACCCAUGCUGAAGAAUGCUCCUAUUCACAGUGGAGUUAAGAUGCUUCAAGCCAGAUGGAAUGAUAUUAGUGGCUUCAGAAUUGAUCAUUGUGUGUCUGAUCAACUACGCAACGCUUCCAGACUAACUGAGGGAUCACCCUAUGUUAUUAACAGCCAACACUCUCAAGAUCUUGCAGAAAGCCUCAACCUUAAUCUUCAAACAGCGUGGACAUCGCCUUCUCCAUCAUUGUUUUCGAAGGAAGCUUUUGAGAAUACUGAGUUUCCACAGUUCAAAGCCAGGAUUCCGGCAUUGAUACAUUACAAGAAGACAUUUCUGGUAUUCUGUGAGGCAAGAUUUGAUGGCGUGGAAGACUGGGGUAACAUGAUGCUGAGCAUGCGACGUGGACUGCAAAAAGGAAGGGAGGUCACAUGGGAAAGAAUACGACUUCUUGCUAGUAUAAGUGGUUUCAGGACCAUGAAUCCGAGUCCCGUUGUUGAUAGACAAAGUGGUGCUAUUGUGUUGGUAUUUUCAGCUUUUCCAACACACAUGAACUUUCAAGACAUGCUGAUGUACGCUGGUCAUCCAUUGUCUCGAGUUUAUGUUAUGAAGAGUUAUGAUGUUGGCUUCACCUGGACAGAUCCCAUAGAUAUCACAGGAAGCACCAUUGGAAAAAUGAACCCAUUUCCAGUUUUGUAUGUCCCAGGUCCUGGUCAUUCCGUACAGAUGAAAUGUGGCAGAUUAGUAGUUCCUGGAAAUAUGUUCACCUUGGACAGGAUGGGAAAGGGCAUUAUCAAUAUUUGCUCCAAUUGUACCAACCUCUCGAACGUGAUAUACAGUGACGAUGGAGGUACAACGUGGCACCUUGGAGCUGAAACAUCCUCAUCUGAAGAUUCUAGUGGUUUUCCUAUUCACCCUAAUGAAGUCCAGGUUGCAGAGCUUGAAGAUGGCACUCUGUACAUGAAUUCUCGCACACUAAAUCCUCUCCAUCCAAGGGCUCAUUGCUAUAGUUUUGAUGGUGGUCGGACACUUUCAGCUAUUCAGCUUGACAUGACUCUUAUUGAACCAGGGUUCAAGCGAAGAAAUGGGGCAUGGGUGCCUAGUUCAACAGGUGGCUGUGCUGGAAGUGUCAUCUCUUUUGGUAUCGGCCAUCACAAAGUUUUAACUCCCCAUCGCAACUGGCUUGUAUUUUCAAACCCAGUGGACUCUGUUGAGCGUGUUAAUCUUGGAAUGCGUCUUUCUGUGGAUGGUGGUCUCUCCUGGAGUAAACCUUGGAUACUCUUUCCACACAAGUCUGGUUAUUCAGACUUAGUUUACUUUGAGACUCGUUUUGGUGGAAAACUUGAGCAUAACUUUGCUGUUUUGUUUGAAGGUGGAAGCUUAAACUUUUUUGAUCACAUUAAGUUUCAAACGUUCAAUCUGCAAGCUUUAUUAAAAAACAUUUAUGAACAAAAAGAAAAAGAAGGUAGUUGAAACAAAUCAUAUUUUGAAACACUUCAUAGACAAAUUAUAACUAUGAUUUGUUCAAGACAAAAGAAAAGGCAUUUGUUUUGAAUUAUUAAUCAUUUGAAAAUAACCAAAGUUGGCAAAAUUUUGCAUACUGUUGUAGUUUUAUUACUACAUCAGCACAAACAGAGAAAAUCACACAAAAGAUGAUGCUCAUCUUAAAGGCAGUGGACACUAUUGGUAAUUACUCAAAAUAAUUACUAGC